AUGGAGGACAACAACGCUAUCGUUGUCAUCGGAGCCGGUUGCAUUGGACUUUGCACUGCAUACCAAUUGUCCAAGUCAUUCGAGAACCAGGACCGCAAACCGAAGAUCAUCGUCGUUGAGGCUGGCGACAGACCAUUCGCUGCUGCUUCGUCCGCUUGCACAGGUUGCUUUCACUACCACUUUCCUGGCCCGACGGGCAAGGUACUCGCACCACUUGGACAAUACUCUUUCGAUCUAUGGGCGCAGGAGGCACAGACUGCCGAUUUCAGACUUGCUACGGGGUACCGCGCGAACUCCUCCUACGGCAUUUGUCAAGGUGACGGCAAGGGCCUCGAUAAACUUCCCAACUGGAUCAAGACAGAGGCAGGCUGGGAUAUUGACGAUCAGGUUCUGGGGAACAAUACAGCUACAGUGUGCGUAUUUCCAAGAUCCGAAUCCAAUGUGCUAAAGUUCAGCUGCUGA